UGCUCAGAAGCAGCCACUCUUGCUUGUGAGGAGAGCCCUGAGAGGUCGCUGCUCAUCUGCCAGCUGUCGCCCUGUUGGCCUCGACACACACACCGGGACCAUGGGUACCCUCGCGGGACACCUGCUGCCAGGGAUGUUCUUCCUCCUCUUCUCACUCUACUACUCAGUGCUGACGUCCUUGGCCCUGCUACGGGGACAGAGGUUCCUCAAACCCCCUCUACCUCCAAGGGAGAAGCGAGGACACAGGUGGUGGCAGCUGGUACCUGUGGAAGGGGUGGUGAAGGUGGUCGUCACCCUGCUCGGCAUCAUCCCCGAGUUCUUCUACCCCCCAGGAGUGAACCGGUUGACGAUGGUAGACUGGGAGGACCCUCAGCGGCCGUUCUUAUUCAAGGACAACUGGCAACAUGUCACCAUGUACGGGUUCUUCCUGCUCAGUGGCGUGGUGGACAUCGUGAGCCAGUCGUGUCGGGCACGGCAGAAUAUGAAGCUGGAGCGAGCAGCCGAGGCCCUGGCCUUCUGUGUGCUGGCGCUGCUGAUGGCGUCCCACAUUGAGAACAAGGGCACCCUGGAGAUCCGCGUGCACCUCCUGUUCAUAGUGCCCACCUUCCUGGUCGGCCUGGUGCUCACCAUCGAGGUCUGGGUCCCUGACCAGCCUCCACUCUGGGUGCUCAAGACCUGGAUGGGGCUGGUGCUCAGCAACUGGAUGCUGCAGCUCUGUGUGCUAAUGUACGCUCCUCCCUCCGGGCAGCCCUGGAAAGGAGAAAACCCCAUAGAUCUCGCCUUCCUCACUGUCUUCUUUUGCUGGCAUCUGGGCAUAGGAGCCGCCGUGCUGGCUGCUGUCUAUGGCCUCUGCAGCCUGUGGCACCAUCACUGGUCCUCCUGGAGAGAGGCCCCAGGCACCAAAUACCAGCCGUGCCCCACGGGCUACAGCAGCGAAGAGCUUGAGAAGCUCAGAGAAGGGGUCGUGCUGCAGGAUGGGGGUGUCUAGGUUUGGAAGCUGUCUUUGUGCUAUGCUUUUUGCAAUGAGAGUUUUGAAGAUGCCCACUGUGUGCAUAGCAUGGAAAUGCCCUGGGAUCUACAAAGUGGCUUUCCAUCACAGGAGUCAUAUUUCUUGUUCCUAAAUAAACCUUCCAACUCCUAGGAUUACUUCUAAUUA